UUUAAUCUAUUAGGUCCAUCUACUUACUUCCUCGUGGCCAUAUGCAUGUAUAAAUGUACAUAAUAGAAAGGAAAAUAAUGCACUACCCACUUCCUAAUUCUUCAUCUCCAACUCAGUUUAAUCAACAUAAUCCCAUCAACAACCUCGUGGUCAUGGAUUCCCCUCGUAAGCCCAGUUCUUUCUCCACCAAUUUGUUCUUCUUUUUGCUUCUCUUGUCCACUAAUCUUCUCACUUUGCUCCUUUCCUCCACCUUCUACUCCUCUUGCUCUCUCAACCCCCUCAUCACUGCCGCUUCCACUCUUACCACCCCACAUGCUACUUCUACUAAUUCCGUCUCGGCUACUCAAGGGUCUGAUUAUGCUUCUGAAUCCUCUCAAACGAAUUUAGACCUCCCAUCUGAAUUCUUGGCCUUCACUUCCGGUCAACUUCUUCCAUUUGGUUUCAACACUAACUUCGAUUCAGACACAAUCUACCCACCAGCAGGGCAAGCCUGCACUCUCUUUUCCGACGAACUCCGCCGCUACAUGACCUACAAAGUGAAUGGAUCCUGCCCGGACGACGAGCUUCUAUCACAAAAGCUCCUCCUCAAAGGCUGCGAGCCCCUCCCUCGCCGCCGUUGCCGACCAGCUGCGCAGCCUGACUAUGUAGAACCUUAUCCUCUGCCUACAAGCCUAUGGACCACGCCCCCAGAUUCAUCGGUCGUAUGGACAGCUUACACCUGCAAAGAUUACUCGUGUCUUAUCAACCGAUAUCGAACACAAAAGGGUUUUGAUGAUUGCAAGGACUGCUUCGAUCUUCAAGGCAGAGAAAAGACUCGUUGGGCUGCAAAACAGAGCAAUGUUGGAGGAGGAGGAGGACUUGACUUCACCAUUGAUGAAGUAUUAGCGACGAAGAAACCUGGCACGAUCAGAAUCGGGCUUGACAUUGGAGGUGGAGUGGCUACAUUCGCAGUGAGAAUGAGGGAAAGAAACAUAACAAUCGUAACAACAUCGAUGAACUUGAACGGUCCAUUCAAUAAUUUCAUAGCUUCAAGAGGGAUAGUGCCUCUGUACAUAAGCAUCUCACAGAGGCUUCCAUUCUUCGAUAACACAUUGGAUAUUGUACACUCCAUGCAUGUACUGAGCAACUGGAUUCCAACUACUUUGCUUCAUUUCUUGAUGUUUGAUAUCAACAGAGUGCUUAGGCCUGGUGGGUUGUUUUGGCUCGAUCAUUUCUUCUGUGUGGGUGAGCAGUUGGAGGAGGUCUAUGGACCAUUAAUUGAGAGCAUUGGAUUCAACAAGUUGAAGUGGGUUGUGGGCAGGAAGCUAGAUCGUGGACCGGAGCUCAAAGAGAUGUACCUCUCGGCUUUGUUGGAGAAGCCACUGAGGAAUUCUUGGUGAUGAUUUUUUAUUUUUUAUUUUUCCCUUUUCUUGUCCUUUCUUCCUCCGAAGGAAUUAUGUGGUUAACUGGUUAUACUGACUGAAAUUGGUAUUCAGUACUGGUUAGUGGAUUUGGAGAAGAACAAAGAUGUCCAUCCACAUUUACCCUUUUUUUUUUUUAAUUUUAAUUGUUUUUAAAUGCAUAGUAUAUAACUUCAAGCUUAACCUUUCGACAGAAAUUUCAAAAUUUUCUACCAGUAGUUAAUGUUUUUUUCUA